UCGCGUGGGUAGCCAUUUUGAUAUAUGUUUGGGUUGUUUAUUGUACAUUAUUCUGAAAUUUUUAGGCUAAAUUAUUAGUGCCGAUAAGUAUUACGCCUAGAAGUGGUUCGUUUUUCAGAUUCAUGUAACAUUAUGUGGUUACGCAGCGAAAAACGCAGUAAAAGAAGAAGAUGCUUGAAAAGACCAUGGCUGAUCAAGGCUCGCAGCGCUGUGAUGUUUAAGAACUUCCAGAAGCAGACUCCCCAUCUGCCAGACCCCGUGAUUAAAGAGGUGCCGCAGGUGUCUGAGGAGUGCAAGGAGAAUUAUCAAGCUCAAGUUGUGCCUGAAAUAUACAAUCAACCAGACGAUAUUAAAACUGCAUCUCCUGAACCUGUUAUUGCAGGCGUUGAUGAUAGCAGUAUUGUUGCAGCCAGUAAGUUCUACGAGUUUUACGCCCCAACAAGUAGUGAACCACUUGCAGUCCUUGAUGAAUCUGAUAUUGAACGUGUGUUACCAAAGGAUAUGGAAUAUAGUUCCAUUCAAAUAGAUGAGACAAAAGUAGUGUUAGAUGCAAACACAAACUUCCUACCUUGUCCACCAAAUUUAUCAGCCGAGGACAGCACUAAUAAAAUGCAGUUUAAUAUAACGGAAAAAAAGACCUGCGAGUACCAAAAGUACAUAUAUGCUGAAAAAAUGUGCGAUUCAAUCUACUGUGAUUACACACCAGUGAGAACGGAUUAUCCAGAAGUACCAAUUGAAGUCGAUUUAAGCAAUGUGAACACUCAAGCAUUUAAUAACUAUUUGGACGUGGAAAUGGGCAACAAUGUUGAUAUGAAUUUACUUAAUCAAUUAGCUAUGGUAUAUGAUUAUGGCUACAAUUACAAUCUGCAAGAUGAAAACUGCUUGAUAACAAGUGCGGGAUCUCAAGAACAUGAACGACUAGAUGCUCAUCCCGAGCAGGUUGAAGUCGUUGAAUCGUGGGAAGCUUUCGACCCGUAUUUGUUCAUCAAGAAUCUUCCGCCGCUAACUGCUGAAAUGCGAUCACAGUGCCCUGCUUUGCCUUUGAAAACUAGAUCUAGUCCUGAAUUUAGUUUGGUUCUAGAUUUAGAUGAAACUCUGGUCCAUUGCAGCCUGCAGGAGAUAAGCGAUGCCAGUUUCAAUUUUCCCGUGGUAUUUCAAGAUUGUUCUUAUACGGUUUAUGUGCGCACUAGACCAUUUUUCCGUGAAUUUAUGGAAAAAGUCUCGCAAAUGUUCGAGGUUAUCCUAUUCACCGCCUCGAAAAGGGUGUAUGCUGACAAACUGCUUAAUCUGCUUGAUGUUGAGAGAAAAUGGAUUAAAUACCGACUAUUCCGGGAACACUGUGUCUGCGUCAAUGGCAAUUACAUUAAAGACUUGAGUAUUCUGAGAAGAGAUUUAUCUAAAACCAUCAUAAUUGAUAAUUCCCCUCAAGCUUUUGGUUAUCAUUUAAAUAAUGGAAUUCCCAUUGAAAGUUGGUUUGUGGAUCGGACUGAUACUGAACUUAUGAAAAUACUGCCAUUUUUGGAAGAACUUGUUGAAAUGAAAGAGGAUGUCCGACCACACAUUAGAGACAAGUUCAAGCUCUUCAGCUACCUUCCUCCAGAUUAAGGAAUUAUUUUUAGACAAUCUGCAUUUGAAAGUUCAAUUAAACUCAAUUUUUACUUAAAAGUACUGACUUUCAUACGUUCAUAUUUUAUUUCUGCACGGCGCUAAACGGAAAGUUGCAAUAAAAAAUCAUAAUUCACUUAAUAAAGGGCAUCAAAGUGUUUUGUUCCGAUCAUUUCUGAGAUGUUCCAGGAUCUUCGUACUCAUCUAAUACAUAUUUUUCUUAACAGCUCACUGAUUUGAUUAUCGACUAUAAUAAGUAAGUCAUCUUGUGCAAUACAUUUAUCUCUAUAUGUGAUUUUGAAGGUUGAUAAUUUGAGUUAGUGGCUUACCAUUGCUUUAAGGGACGUUUAAAUCGAAAUUAAUUCUAUUUAUUAUGGGGAUAGCCAUGUAUAUAAAUUUAUUGAAGCGUUGUUGGUCAGUAUUUUGUAAAAGUUUAUAAUUACUUAGUUUAGAGUUAGUUCACAGAGGUUUAAGUAACAUGUUACAACUUUAACAGUGAAGUACCCGCAAAUUUAGUACAAAAUUGAUAUAGACUGGGUUAAUUUUUUAAGUUUAUUUGAUAUUAUUUAGUUUUGUAUGACGACGAAUAUGUUUUUCUUGAUAACGAAUAUAACUGAUCUCACACUGAUGUACAAACUGUUAAAGCGUGACAUGUAAACUCCGAUACUUAUACUUAAAGUUAAUCUACUGUAAAUAGGAAACAAACGGUAAUGAAUAUUACACAUUUCUUGCCAUGACAUCUAGUGCGACUUGAUGAUUAAUAUUCCAGAGUUUAGGAACGGAACGGAUUUGGCAAUAAAUAGCGACCUAACUGUGAUUUGAACUUUCUAUGUACAUAAUAUGUGUCGGAUGGUAAAUUUAAACAAAUGUGAUUCAACUUAAUAUUAAUCAUCGACGAGAGAUUAUAAUAGCAGUUGGUAGACUAGAAUGCAAUAUAUUGAGCACAAAACUUUUGUUACUAAAAUAGAACAUGCAUUAUAUCUCCAUGUUAUGUGUUUUAUAUUUUAUCGGAAGUUGUGCUAGCAAUCUAUUGCGGCAACAACUCUUAUACGUGUAUAGUUUAGUACUGUUAACUGUUUUCCGGCCGGAAAAAUUAAGAUAUUCUUUGGACGUUCUCAAUUAUUUCCGGUUUGCCGCUGUAUUUGUCUUUCACUUGCUUUAGUUAUUUAUUAUUGCUGUUAUCACUAACUUUCAUAAUCACACUCCAAACAUCAAAAGUUCAUAAAUAUCAAAUACGAUGUUAAAAUCCUUUCAUAAUGUUUUCAUGGGAACUAUUAUUUUUAAUGUUAUGACCUAUUUAUCAUUACCAAUCAGGUAUUAUCCAUUGUGAUUGUUCACGUUAAUUUAGUUUCCUUAGCGGGAAAGUAAACGUUAUUAACAACUGAAGCGUUUUAGUAUCGACAGUUUUUCAGUCAUUUUUUUUGAAAUAGAAAAAUGUUCCUAUUUUUUUCUCAUUAAACUUGGUUGUUGUUAACGUUUUCAUUAGUUAUUUUGCGUUUUUAUCGUUUGUACUUAUUAAUAUUCUAGUUUUGUAAGAUUGUUUGAUGGAAGGUCGGAAUGCGAUGUUACAACGUUGCUUUUUUGCUGCGACUCUUCCGUUAUUUUCCUUCCUAACAGCAGUUAGUUCAAUUUAAUUAACUGAGUAAGGUGCUGACAGUUUGUUUUCGAUUUAUAUAUCCAUUUGAAUAAUUGCACCACUAAGAAUUGAUGACUUUUAAUUUAAUUAUUAUAUAUACUUUGAGGAAAGUUUGUUGAACUAAUACGAGUUUCAAAAAAUUUGUGUUAUCGUUUUAUACCCAUUCAAGGAUUUCUUACAAGAAAUACUUCUAUAAAAUUCAACAGCUUAAUUUAAAUUUUUGUCUAAAGCCGAGUAAAAUGUUGCUCAACAGUUUAUUUUCAAUUCAAUGUAUUUUGAGUAAAAUUUGUUUCAAUUAAUCACCGAUGUAAAAAUAAUAAAUGACUUAAACAUUU